AUGGCGCGGGGGGAGCGGGUGGGUGCAGCGGGGUGGGCACAGCCGGGGGUGUUGCUCUGCGAGGUGCAGGGGCUGCGGCCCGGGACUCUGCCAAGAAUCCCAGACAGCCCUGCACACAGCGGCGUCUUCCAGAGCAAGAAGAGAAAUUGCACAGUAGUUUAUAAGGCAAUGCUGGAGGUUUCAUCUGAGAGCAGGGACAGGAGAUUCCCUUUCCAGGGUCAGCUGAAAGGGGCUGGAGCAAUGAGCUCGCUGUUUUACUCGGAGAAGCAGGAUCUGGGGAAGGUGUACGGUGUGGAGUCCUACGUCCUGAGCCCAUCACAGACCAAGGACCUGUACCCGCUGAUGAACAUCGAUGACCUGUACGGCACACUGUAUGUCCCCAAGGACGGCACCAUGGAUCCAGCUGGUACCUGCUCAACUCUUGCCAGAGCAGCAACUGCCAGAGGCGCUACGAUCAUCGAGAACUGCCCAGUCACUGGCAUCCAGGUCAGAGCCGAUGAUUUCGGGGUGAAGAGGGUGUAUGCGGUGGAGACAGCCCAUGGGACCAUCCAGACUCCCUGCGUGGUGAACUGCGCAGGGGUGUGGGCACGCGCACUGGGCCGGCUGGCCGGCGUGCACGUGCCGCUGGUGGGGAUGCAUCACGCCUACGUGGUGACCGAGCGCAUCGAGGGCAUUCAGAACAUGCCAAACGUUCGCGAUCACGACGCCUCGGUGUAUCUCCGUCUCCAAGGCGAUGCCCUUUCCGUGGGUGGAUAUGAGUCAAACCCAAUCUUCUGUGAGGAGGUAUCUGAAAAAUUUGCUUUUGGCCUCUUUGAUCUGGACUGGGAUGUUUUCACGCAACACAUUGAAGGUGCCGUCAACAGAGUGCCAGUGCUGGAGCAAACGGGCAUCAAAUCCACCGUGUGCGGGCCAGAGUCAUUCACGGCUGACCAUAAACCGCUCAUGGGGGAAGCCCCAGAGGUCCGAGGCUUCUUCCUUGGCUGUGGUUUCAACAGUGCUGGAAUGAUGCUGGGAGGCGGCUGCGGGAGGGAGCUGGCUCACUGGAUCAUCCACGGGCGGCCGGAGAAGGACAUGUAUGGCUACGACAUCAGGAGGUUUCACCACUCCCUCACCAACAACAACCGCUGGAUCCGGGAGCGGAGCCACGAGUCCUACGCCAAGAACUACUCCGUCGUCUUCCCCCACGACGAGCCGCUGGCGGGGCGCAACGUGAGGAAGGACCCCCUGCACGAGGAGCUGCUGCAACAGGGCUGCGUUUUCCAGGAGCGGCACGGCUGGGAGCGGCCUGGCUGGUUCAGCCCCGGGGGAGCUGCCCCGGUCCUGGAUUACGACUACUACGGCGCGUAUGGCCAGGAGCGCCACAGGGACUACACCUACAACCAGCUGCUGGGAAAUGAGUACACCUUUGACUUCCCCCCCCACCAUGACAUCAUCAAGAACGAAUGCUUAACGUGCCGAAAUGCCCUGGCUCUCUUCAACAUGUCUUAUUUUGGGAAAUUCUACCUGGUUGGCCCUGAAGCAACCAAAGCAGCAAACUGGCUGUUCACUGCCGACGUGAGCAAAGCACCAGGCUCGACCGUGUACACCUGCAUGUUGAACAAGCGAGGCGGUGUGGAGAGCGACCUGACCGUCAGCCGGAUCAGCCCCGGGGACCCAGCGUCCCCCCUGGCCCCCGCCUUUGAAGGGGACGGCUACUACCUGGCUAUCGGCGGGGCCGUGGCUCAGCACAACUGGUCACACAUCACCACUGUGCUGCAGGACAUGAAGCUCCAGUGCAAACUCCUCGACUGCUCGGAGGAGCUGGGCAUGAUGAGCAUCCAGGGUCCCCUGAGCCGCGCCGUCCUCCAAGAAGUGCUCGACACCGACCUCAGCAACGAGGCCUUCCCCUUCUCCACCCACAAACUCGCCACGGCCGCAGGAUGCACGGUCCGUGCCAUGAGGUUGUCGUUCGUCGGCGAGAUGGGCUGGGAGCUGCACGUGCCCAAGGCGGACUGCGUGAAGGUUUACCAGGCGGUGAUGCAGGCGGGUGCCCGGCACGGCAUUACCAACGCCGGCUACAGAGCCAUCGACAGCCUCAGCAUCGAGAAAGGGUACAGGCACUGGCACGCAGACCUGCGCCCUGAUGAUACCCCACUAGAAGCAGGCUUGGCCUUCACCUGCAAGCUCAAGUCCAGCAUCCCCUUCCUGGGCCGGGAGGCUGUGGAGGCUCAGAAAGCCAAGGGCAUCUUCCGCCGCCUCGUCUGCUUCACCACCGAGGAGAAGGUGCCGAUGUUCGGCCUGGAGGCGAUCUGGCGGGACGGCAAGGUGGUCGGCCACAUCCGUCGGGCAGACUUUGGAUUUGCCAUUGACAAAACCAUCGCCUACGGCUGGGUUCACCAGGGCUCUGCCCUGCAGGUCUCGCUGGAUUUCGUGAGGAGUGGCAGCUACCAGCUGGAGCGGAUGGGAGUGACCUACGCUGCCCAGGCACACACCAAGUCCCCGUUCGACCCGGACAACAAGCGAGUGAAGGGCUUUUACUGA